CUAAGGUGCUCGGAGCAAAAUACACUACUCUUGCACAUACAUAAUUCAGGACAACUUCUUGCAUCAACUAGUGGACUAGUGGACGAACCUACGAGGGAUCAAAACACACUGGACCUUGUUUUAACUACUAACGUUGACUUGAUAGGCAAUGUUGUGGUAGGUGAACCCUUUUCUGAUCACAAUUCCAUCACCUUCACCCUAAAGAGUGCGCCUUCUAUAAGUCGUAUUUCUAAGAAGUUUGUUUGAGCCUUCAACAAAGCAGAUUGGAGUCACCUUAGAUCUCUAUUUCAAUACUCCCCGCGGGAUCGUUGUUAAACAAACCGUUUCCCAGCUUUUCGGAGUUUUUUGAACGUGUUUGAAGAAUUCGCUCGAAACGGAUAAAAUACACCAGAAAUUGUGGUAUCUUUCGAAGGAUAACAUAACUUUAAACUAGGGUAUCUAAAAGAUAGUAAUGCUGCGGCACAUUCUGUUGAUACUGACAUUAGGCAGUGAGACUUAAAAGAAUAGAAAAUGACGUUGAAUGUCCUAUUUAGAUGUUGGAAAGUAACAAUUACUAUUAGUCUACAGAAAGAACUCGUGGAAACGUUGUUUAGAAAAUGAUCAAGUGGUUAUCAACUCUGGUUUGCCCACAGUAAACUGUAGAAAAUGUGACUCUCCACAGGAUUUUAAUGCUAAAGGUGAAAGCACGCGCACGACACGCUUUCACUUUAAAACAAAAGAAUUUAUUUUAACACGCUUUAGUACGCUUGCAAUCUUGCCUCAUUAGGAAUUUCUUUUGUUUCAGAGGACACGCUUGAAACAAUUAAGCGUGAGCAAGUCGAACAAAAGAGCGUGUUAAAGUUUUUCAAACAAAAGCCCCGUGCGAAAAAGAACAACAAGCUUUCAGUGUGCGCAAAGCACGCAUGGAGUGUGAUCUAUAAGCUAAAUAAAUUUCCUCUACAAAAAGGAACCGUAAAUGAUUAUGACCGGCACCAUUUUUUUGGUAACUAUCGAGAAAGAAAAAGUUCUACCUAAGCAAUCGCAGCGAUAGUAUCUGACUGAAAAAACGUUGUCGCUUGAAAAGUAUAAACAGGGAACGGUGGGACCUACCGGAUUUAUAGGUAGAACUUUAUUAGCAUUGCAAAAUCAAAGUUCUUUCCAGAAAUGUUUACUGACGAAACUGUCACAUUCUUCUUGAAAUAUUACAUCGCGUAUGCUUCAGUCUUAUUGUCCAAAUUCCGUAAUCAUCCUGUUGUCGUUCUUGUGACUGCCGUCUGUUUUACAACCAUCUAAACAAACAUUCGCGCUAUGAAGUUACGGCGACCGAUUUAGCGUCAUCAGAAGUGUUACGGCCUACAAUUAUUUAAGAGUCUUAAGUAGUCUGCUACACGGCCGUUUUAGGCCCGGUUCAGACGCCGCUCCACUCAUGUGCCGAACCUAACUGAGGUAUUAAGUACGGCAAAAGAGCGGCGUCUGAAUCAGUUUGGUACGGCAGUUUUGAUUUGGUACGGCAAAAACGUUAAGCGGCAGGUUAUUCAUACGGCGUUCUUCUCAUGUGCCGAAUCAAAUACAUACAUUAUGGUAAUUUAUAAAUCUUCCCAUAAGUCCCUACAUGAAAUAAAGAUUAUGUUCGACACACGGUGCGCCGUCUGAAUCAGAUGUCGCGCCAAUGUCGCCUUAAAGUCGAACCUAACUGCACAUGAGUGGAGCCGCGUCUGAACCGGGCCUUAGUGUCGUCACGCAACGCUCCUUCCACUGAAAACGGCUGUGUAGCAGACUAUUAUUUAAGCAGCGCGAAAAUAAUUUUUUAUUAUGUCGCGCUAGUUUACUGCGUCUUUUAAAUGCCUAUUUUACGUUGAUGCACGAGUGGAUUUGUCACCCUCCUGAAACUUGGUAGUGCCUUGAGGACUAACUUAAAACAACAUGAGGCCUAGCGUGUUAAAUUUACCAAAACAAAGGCAAGUGUGUCCGUCUUUGUUUUUUCAAUUCAAUAUGUGCAUAUCCGUGAUCUACGGCACGCUAAGCGUGUCGUGCAAGCGUGUCGUGAGCGUGCUUUCACUUUUAGCAUCAAAUUCCCGUGGAGGGUCACAAAUGAUAGAAAUUCAGAUUGUUUAUCCAUAUAUUUAUUAUAGGGUGUACUAUCUUUUCUCAGAAAAUACGAUACUUGUUUAUUGCACUUUAUUAAAUAACAGUUAUUUAGGUACACCUAAUUUCAAUAACGUUGUCAUGGAAAAAAGCAAAAAGCAAAAAGCCAAAUAGGAAUUAAUUAGCCAUGUGAUUUACAUUUGCGUAUUUUAAUAAUAUAACAAUUAUUUAAGAAGUCAUUCACAAUAACAAGAAAUAAUUCUGUAAUUCCGCGCUGUAAGAUUCCGCACAUGAAACAAGGAUGUGUGUAACAAAAGGGUCCUGACAAACGAAGCUUGGUUUGUGGCGCGGGAGAGGAACUGGCGGAGGAACGGCUCACCCUCUCCGCGAUGGAAAGUCCUGCCUACGCCCCUGAUUUGUUGCUUGAAAAUUGUGAUCUGAUGGUGUUGUGCACUACAAACCAUAUGCAGACUGGCUUUUCUAUUUAGCAUUAAACGAAAAGACGCGUCGCGUUCCUGGAAUUUACCCUAGGCUAUAUUUAUUGAAAAAAAAAUGGAGCCAUUUUUUCUUUAGUAGUUAUCCGAUGUACGUUUGUAAUUAGAGCACGUUUGAAAUCCGCUAGAUGAAUCAGCCUCGAAUUGCAUUAGAAUGACACCAAGAAACUGGUGCAGAUGAUUUCUCUCAUAUUACGUGAUUAAUAUUCAGCUAUAAGCGUGUGUGUUGGGAAUGUUGCAAGCACUGAUAAUUAAAUGCUAAUUAAUUCCUAUUUGGCUUUUUGCCUUUUGCUUUUUGCUUUUUUCUAUGACAACCUUAUUGCAAAUAGGUGUAUAUAUUUAUAGAAAACAAUAACACAAAAAACGGGAAAAAAAAGAAAGAAGGAAAAAAAGAGUAGAGUAGGAGCCGAAUCCGGCACCUAGGGCUCGACGUCACUACACCUAACCACUACACCACAGAGGCUAAUUACGUAACUUAGGGGAAAAGUCUUUAAUUUCCUCCCUUUUCCAUGAAACUUCCGCCGGCAAGAUGAUCGCCAGCCGCAUUAACCGAGCUAUCAACAGUAAAAAGGCAAUGUAAACGCAUUUUCCAUGGCAAUGAAUGAAUGAAAGAACAUAAUUAUCUUUUCAAAACGCCGAUACACGUUCUCGACUGCAAAGUAGGACGCAAAAUGUAUGUUUUGUUAUCUCGAUUUCCGCUGUUAUUUUUAAGCUAAUGGUCAAAAUCACAUCCAUCUUCGGCUCAUGCAGGUUCUUAAGAAUAGCAUGGCAUGACAUUUUCGCACAUCGCCUUCUAGCGAGCUGGAAUUUGUAUAUACCCCGUGUUGCGGAGUCGCAGAGCAAAUGCUCAUCGGGUUUUGCUAAAAGCAGGCCCGCAGCCCGGCGGCCCAGUCCUGAUUUUCCACAGUUUUUUUUUGUCCAGCGGUAAAUCCACGCGCAUGCACAGAUCUGCAUCGGGUUUGGGCGUGCAAAAUGGACGACGGUGAGUUUGAAUUCGUUUACCAUUUUAAUCAUUUGAAUCUUUGUUUCUGCUUGUUGCAUGUUGUUCAGAUAAGAACGUUUUCAUUCUCUGUUCAUUCGUCUAUUUACAGAAACCUAUAGAGGACGUUUAUUAUCAAACGAUGUAAGUUAUUUUCAAACCAUUAUAAUUUGAAAGUGAAAAUAUCAUAAGUAAUGGGAUAUGUGAACUGCGAAUCUUUUCUAAACAGAAACAUGUCGGUCUAUUUACAGGAACCCCACCCCAAAAGGAGAGCCUGUUAUCAAACAUUGCUUUCCGUCGAUGUAAAUACCGUAUUUAUUCGAAUACGGUAAGCGCCCUGGGCAAGGAAAGAAAGGAUCGAAAAGGAUUGAAAUGAUUAUUAAAAUGGUAAAUGAAUUCAAACUCACCGUCGUCCAUUUUGCACGCCCAAACCCGAUGCAGAUCUGUGCAUGCGCGUGGAUUUACCGCUGGCCAAAAACUGUGGAAAAUCAGCACUGGGCCACCGGGCCGCCGGGCUGCCAGGCCGUCGGGCCUCCGGGCCGCCGGGCCGCUGGGCCGUCGCGGGCCUACUUUGAGCAAAACCCAAUGCUCAUCUUCUCGUCAGGUUUAACGCCUGGACGAGUCAAAGCAAAAUCCGAAAAGCAAAAGCAAAAUCGGAGCAAAAUCCGAAAACGAGAUUUCCUUAAAACGAAGGCAAUCUCCUCCAAUAACCCGGCUAUAUGGGAUCAAUUUAGGUGUGCAAGAAACCAGGCAAAUAACGCAAUUAAACUCGCAAAAAACUCUAUGUUUCUGACAACUUGGAAGCCAACAAAGGUAAUUUGCGCAAAACAUGGAAUGUUAUCAACGAGCUAACUUCACGUAACAGUGGUAAGUCAACGAAUAUUUUGGAGAUCAAGGUAGAUAAUAAAAUAGCAAGUAACCCUAUGGACAUUGUGGAAACUAUUAACGAUCACUUUACAAACGUUGCGCAAGUAUUAGCACAAGAUAUUCCUGUUGUCGAUGCUAAUCCUGAGUCUUAUUUAGAGCCCACUGACCAUUCGUUUUCUCUGCAAAUUCCGAGUGUUGAUAUUCUUUCUCACGUUUUGUCGAAAAUUGAUGAAAAGAAAGCCACCGGUCUUGAUAUGAUUCCGAGUAAAUUGUUGAAAAUGGCUGCUAAUAUCGUCGCACCCUCUCUUGCCUCAUGCAAUAUUCUCAAAGUCUGCUCUCACUGGGAUAUAUCCAAACGAUUAGAAAUUGGCCAAAGUGACUCCACUUUUUAAAAAGGGCAUUAAAUCGGACCCUAACAACUACAGGCCAAUAUCUGUAAUCCCUAUAAUUUCGAACGUUUUUGAAAGAAUUGUUUAUUAUCAACUUUUCCAUUAUCUAGAUGAUAAUAAAUUGCUACUAGGUUGCCAAUCAGGGUUCCGUUCUCUACAUAGUACGCUCACGGCUUUGCUUGAGGCAACAAAUGCUUGGUCAGUAAACAUCGACAAUGGCCUUCUAAAUGGCGUUGUCUUUAUUGACCUUAAUAAGGCAUUCGAUACCAUUGAUCAUGAGAUCAUCUUGCGUAAGAUGUCAUACUUGGGUGUCGAUCAGGCAGCCAUAAAAUGGUUCUAGUCGUACUUAAGUGGCCGAACCCAAAGAUGUAAUGUCAGUGGCAAACUAUCAUCUGCUCGUACCCUCAGUUGCGGCGUGCCGCAGGGUAGCAUAUUGGGUCCUUUGCUAUUUUUAAUUUACAUUAAUGAUCUUCCCAACUCUCUGCGGGACGCCGUACCAAGAAUGUUUGCCGAUGACACCAACCUUAAGUUAUCUGCUAAGACGUUAACAGAGCUUAAGCUAGCUCUAACCCCUGAAUUAAAUAACCUUAGCUGUUGGCUGAAAGCUAACAAGCACAGUCUAAAUGUUGCUAAAACAGAGCUAAUGAUUAUUGGAUCAAGACAAAGACUAUCUGCCCAAUGUGACGAUGUAGAAAUCAGAAUUGAUGACCAAAUUAUAAGGAGAGUCGAUCAUACCAAAUCCUUGGGUCUUCCCAUAGAUGCUCAACUCUCUUGGGGUAAACACGUUGAAGAGAUUUGCAAGAAAGUCUCUUCAGCUAUAGGCGCCCUAAAACGUGUUCGGCCUUUUAUAUCCAAAGAAACUGCAAUUCAAAUUUAUAACGCCUUAAUUAUGCCUCAUUUUGAUUACUGCAGCCCCGUCUGGGACUGUUUGAGUGGUUACUUGAGUGAUAUGCUCCAAAAAUUACAGAAUCGUGCAGUCAGAGUUAUUACUAAAUCACCCUUUCAUGCGAGCUCAAACCACCUUCUCUCCACCCUCAGCUGGGAGAGGCUAUCUCUUCGACGAAAGAAACAAAAAGCCUUAAUGAUGUAUAAAACCAUGAAUGACCUUGCUCCGGAAUAUCUACAAAGUCUUUUCUCUCAGCGUCACUCUGCUUACAACUUAAGAAACUCUGAGGGAAGGCUGACCCUGUCCAAACCAAGCACCAAUUAUUUGAAACGAAGCUUCUCUUACAGCGGGGCCAUGUUAUGGAAUAACUUGCCCAAAAACUUAAAAAAUGCUGCAUCCGUUGAGCAUUUUAAGCGAAAUAUCAAGAAGGUAGCUGAUAUAUCGGAUUCCCACACGGCAAUCAUGUAAAGCAGUUGUAAUUAGUUUUAGUUUUUAACUUAAGCUUAACUGAUGAUUUCCCGUGUUUAAAUAAAGAUUUACAUACAUACAUACACACAAAGGCUCUUGAAUUGAAAUCCAAUCCCCAUGUUAACCAUCGUACUCAUCUGAAAGACUCCUGUGUGUCUUAAAUUUGGUAAGACCUCUAACCGUGCUGUAGGAAAUUUGCCACAAAGAAAACCCUAAAUCUAGGCAGCGAACGAUGCACUCUAACCCACCGAACUUCCCCGUGUUUAUUUGAGUUGUUCGUGGCGCAAUGCAUCCUGGUAAAAAGGAGCGCAGUGCACCCUGGUUAAAUGCAAUGCAUUGUGGUAAAAAGUGAUGAAUUCGAGAAUUCGUACCAACUUAUAUAUUUCCCUUAAAUCCUGAUUAUGUUGCUGCCUGCUCCGUAUGGUCGCUCCGCAGCAACAAGACUCACGUCCGAAAACAGUUAAGGGAAGCAACGAGUCACUAACAUUAUGGUGUACACACAGUAAGAAUUUCGGCAGGCCAAAGAGCUAGAGUCGUGGAUAUACGACAAAGCACGAGGUGUUUUACCCGGUAUAAAAAUUACUCAGAGAUGUCAACAUAAGCACCACGAAUGUCAAAAAACCCAGCAGGCUUGGUAGAAAAAAUAACGUUUUCCAAAAGAUAGAACGGCCGUGAAAAAAUCUAUAUGAAUAGCCGUCUCUGUCAUUUGUACAACACAAAAAUACGACAGGAGCUAAUGCAACUGUGAUGUAAGAAAAAAAGCGGUUGUUUCAUAAUACGCCUGAUUCAUAGCAAAAUUAAACAGUUUUUCGCUGACUUCACGAGAAUUGCACCGGAUCUUUUUUUGGUUGAAAGUGUUGCUAACAUUUAUUUGUGUUUAUUUGCUAACAAAAACUACGUUGCGUGAUAUUUGUCACGAACUAAGUAAACAACCAAGUUAGUUUACUUUGAACUGAUUUGCAAAACUCGACGGAACUCACCAACAGUACUCACUCUAAAACCUUAAUAAUUUUUCUAUAGAAUCUUGUUGUCAAACUCAGAAAACCGUGAACACCUGAAAAAUUUCAGGAAUGUUGAUUGGGCACUGGCCAAUCACAAUAAAGUUCAGGAUACGCAGGCAAACCUCAAAACCGCAAACUAAUUACCGUUGCUGUUUGCGGUUUAGUUAUUUUGCAUCUUAUUGGCUUAUUUCUCGCAACACAAUAACAUUCCAUAAAUAUUUCUGAUGUUCACGGUUUUGUGAGUUUCACAGUAACAUCUCACGGAGAGUAUGUCUAAAUGUCGCGGGUAGAGGUCGCGGGUGCGGGUGCGGGUGCGGGUAAAGGUCGCGGGGCGCGUAAGUGUCGCGGGUAAAAAUAAAUCACCAAAUUUAACCAAAAGAUAAAAUAAACAACCAAACAAAAAUUUCUUUUUUUAACUUUUCUAACGAAGACUAGUCAGCAGCGCAAAGGAAGACUUCUUGUAGUUGUCAGCUUUUUCGUUUAUUUCCGACAGGUUUCGUCUCUUACUGAGACUUCUUCAGGGAAUGAAUACAACUAAUAAAGAACUGUAUAUAACACACGUUUUCUGCGUAAGUAAAAAUUCCGAUAGAAGUGAAUAAUAACUUAAUAUGCUGUAAAUGGACGUCAUAAGAAACAUCUUAAUACAUAUGUUGUCAUAUUUGGGGGGCCAUGCGAUCAGCGCUAAUCGUAUGGCCCCCAAAAACGCAACGGAACUAUCGACUCCAUCAGGAUGAAGAAUCGAUCGAUCGAAGUAAAACUUGAAAUAUUCUUUCUUUUUGUCACUCUGUGAAAUCAGAACUGUGAAUGAGAGUUUUACCCACGUGCACGGGUAUUGUUGCCAUGAUCAAGCCGCCAGUAACGUGGGAAAAAUUCGAUUUACCAGGACGGCAAGUUCUUUCGUGCGGCCGCGCCAAAAUUGAGCACGAACGACGAAUGACAACUAUCGAUUCAUACUUUUUGCUGACGAAGUAAGUACACGCAAGUCUCAUAAAAAAAAUCAAAGCUGUAUUUUCGAUGAACCAAAUUAUGUCUUCAUAUAUAUACACAGAAAACCACUUCUUUUAAGUGGACAUGUCAUAUAAGCUGACACUGCGGACGCUUACACUGAAUAAAGAAGGGGUCAAGAAGGGGAGAGAAAACAUAGUGGGUGGUCUAGGAUGUAGUUCAAGGAGAGGGGGAGAUUGUUUUUGUCAAAAAAGUAACCACUUUUGUAAGAUCUUGCUGGAGGACUUAAUCAUUUCUUCUAAUUUAAUUUUCAAGGGCUCGUUGUUGAAAAACAACAAAAGUUCUAAUUGAAGUAUUAUAUGGUCUUGUUAAAUGUAACAGCUAUUUCUAACUCUUUCAUGUCUAACCUAUCACAGCGCUAAACCCUGGUUUCACUUGCCAUUUUCAGGUCUUGGCCACGGGGGGGGGGGGAUUCUUGACGAAAUUUUGAUUUUUCCAUCACUCGAAAAUGAAGAGAGAAAUGUACUAGGCAUGGAGGAAACAUUAUUUAAGGCUGAUCACUCGCAACAUGGUAAUUAUCAAAAACCAACAGGCAGAUUACGCAUUUAUGACCCUAAAAUAAUUUUAUUUGUCUUGGGUUGCAGAAAAAUGAAAAAAAGAAGUAUUAAUUAAAGUAAGUUUUUCAGUCCGAUGGGGUUUCGGUUGUUUAAAGCGGGCACUGAAUUUUUACACACCCUUUUCAAUUCACUUCGCUGCUACAUAUAGGUAAUAUAGAGGUCAGCAAAGGGCCAACUAUUGACUUUUGAAAAAGUCAUGCAGUCUGCAAAACAGCUACAUAAAAUGACUACUUCAAGCUAAAUUCAAGCUUUGGAGAGAACGUGAGCCCGAAAUACUUUUUUUUUCUCUAUCAAAGCUUGAACCUCCUCCCCUACAAAUCCCAAAUGCAGGUAUCUCGGUUACUUGGGGCAAAUUUAACUAGCCAAUGUAGUUUUAAGCAUGUGGAUUUUUCUUUAGUGACUUUUUCCUUUUCAUCGCCCUUAGUCAGCUUUAAAUAACUAGACUUCCUCGUUAUGACCAGAGGACCAAAAAAAAAGUAUUGCAAAUCUUCUUUGAAACAUAAUCAAAUUUUCCUUUAUUUUAUUGAUAAUUUUAUAUUAAAUUUGGUGAUUUAUGUUUACCCGCGACCUUUACCCGCACCCGCACCCGCACCCGCACCUGCGACCUCUACCCGCGAGUCGCGACCCGCGACAUUUAGACAAACUCCCCCUCACCCUAUACUCGAAAACAAUUCUGGAUAUACGCGUCCAACAUUGUUUGCGGGGUGAGGGGAGGGGUUGGACCUGUGUGAAUUGGAAAACGCCCUAGAAAUGCAUAGUGUCCCAAGACUUGUCCACGAUUGUAGGCAGGCGAAGAUAUUAACGACGAUUGGACAGCAUGUAAAGACAUUUUCUUCGCCAUAGUUGAUGAUUGCAUUCCAAAAUACAGGCAAAAGAAGCGACUCACAGCACCAUGGAUAACUUAA